CAGGCAGUUCAUCAUGGGUGGCUUUUUCUCAAGCAUAUUUUCCAGUCUUUUUGGAACCCGAGAAAUGAAGAUUUUAAUUUUGGGAUUAGAUGGAGCAGGAAAAACUACAAUUUUGUACAGAUUACAGGUUGGAGAAGUCUUUACUACUAUUCCUACUGUUGGAUUUAAUGUUGAGACGGUAACAUACAAGAACCUAAAAUUCCAAGUCUGGGAUUUAGGAGGACAGACAAGUAUCAGGCCAUACUGGAGAUGUUAUUAUUCAAACACAGAUUCAGUCAUUUAUGUAGUAGACAGUUGUGAUCGAGAGCAAAUUGGCAUUUCCAAAUCAGACUUAGUUGCCAUGUUGGAGGAAGAAGAGCUGAGAAAAGCCAUUUUAGUGGUGUUUGCAAAUAAGCAGGACAUGGAACACGCCAUGACUCCCUCGGCAAUGGCAAAUUCACUUGAGUUACCUGCCUUGAAGGACUGAAAAUGGCAAAUAUUCAAAACUUCAGCAACCAAAGGCACUGGCCUUGAUGAGGCAAUGGAAUGGUUAGUUGAAACAUUAAAGAGCAG